GGUAGCAGAGAUGGGCUCACACCUUUGAAUUACAAAUUAGUCCCCAGUAAAGGAUCUCGGGAGACACUGGAAGAUUAAUUUUUGGAGCGGGUUUUGCUGGUGUUCUUCAUUAACACUGGUAGACUACAGCUACCAAAAAGCAGGAGCGGAAAGGUUUACAGUUGCAUUGUGACGUUCAACACUCCUGUCGUCUCACCUGCACUGCCGGUGAAGAGGUCCGCUGUAAUAAAGAUGCAUCCAGAUAAGCACCUACCUGAGCUGGUGGCCGAGAAAAACAGCCUGGACCCCUCCUUUGUGCAUGCGGUGCGCCUGCUUGCAGAAGAGAUUGAAAAGUAUGAAGGUGACGAAUUAAGAAAAGAUGGCGACACCAAGAAAUACUUAGAUAUUAUCAGCAAUAAAAAUAUCAAGCUCUCUGAAAGAGUCCUCAUCCCAGUCCAACAGUAUCCAAAGUUUAAUUUUGUAGGGAAGCUGCUGGGACCACGGGGAAAUUCUAUGAAGCGAUUACAAGAGGAGACAGGAGUGAAGAUGUCCAUCCUCGGCAAAGGGUCCAUGAGAGACAAAGAUAAGGAAGAAGAAUUAAGGAAAAGCGGGGAGGCCAAAUAUGCCCAUCUGAGUAAUGAUCUACAUGUUUUAAUUGAGGUCUUUGCUCCACCUGGAGAGGCGUAUUCCCGCAUGAGUCACGCCUUGGAGGAGAUUAAAAAAUUCCUAGUUCCAGAUUACAAUGACGAGAUAAGACAGGAGCAACUCAGGGAGUUGUCCCUUUUGAACGGCUCCGACGACUCAAGCAGAGGGAGGAGUGUUCAAGGGAGGAGUGUACGACCAGCAACCGCAAUAACCACAAGGGGCCACAGAGGCGCGGGAAGGAGUGCAGCAACACCUCGGGGGGCAGCAACAGCAGCACACAGCAAACUUCCAACGACAGUUUUGACGAGGGAGGUACAAGUCCCGAGAGCCAGAGGGGCAGCGGCAGCAAGUGCUGGAUACAGGCCCCCGCUGUUAGCAGUCACACAUGAAUCAUACGACGACUACGCCUACGAUGACGGAUAUGACGGCGAAUAUGAUGAUGAGAGUUAUGAAGCCUAUGAAGAUAACUAUAGCAAUCAGUCAAAGAGCAUUUCAGAUUAUUAUGAAUACGGACAGGGAACCAGUGAUGAAUCCUACAAUAACUACGAGGAGGAGUGGGCAACUACCAGAGUCAGUCUCAAAGCCCCUGUUUUACGGCUGACACGAGGGGGCUACAGGAAACAUCCUUACGGCAGAUACUAAAGAUAAAGAAAUAAACUGCGGUGUGUUUUGAUCAAAGAAGAGAGGAAUAUUACAGCAGAAAGUUUUGAAACCAGCUCCCACAGGCCUGAAGAUUGUACUUAGCCAUUAAACAAGUUCAGGUCCUUCACUGGCCAGGGAAGUGGCUUGAGAAAAAUUUGGACUCGGAGAGAAAGGAUGGUGCAGUGUGACGGAAAGAGAUUACAAGUCAAAAAGAGGUUGCUAUGCACUAAGAAGACAGCAG